CAUCUCCAGAGCCCAAGGUUCCCUACCUGACAUCAACACCACCAGCCGACCAGUCUCAAGCACCGCACCACUAAUUGAAGCGCAAUGGCUGCUCCCAAGGUAAUCGUUCUGGGGAGCCUCAAUGGCGGGCUGCAGCCAGCCUUCACAAAGCUUGCGACGCUCCACUCGAAGAAUAACUUCAGCUUCGCGAUCGUCACUGGUAACCUUUUCGGCUUCGACGACGACACCACGGUCGAUUCCCUUCUGAGCGGCGAGCUCAAGGUGCCCCUUCCUGUUUACUUUACCGUCGGUACUACGCCCCUUCCCCCGCGAAUUUCCGCCAAGAUCGAAGCCGACGAGGAAAUCUGCGAGAAUCUUCACUUCCUCGGCAAGCGCAGCAUUACCAAAACUUCGGAAGGAAUCAGGAUCGUCACUCUUGGUGGAAAACUCGAUGCAAGUGUUGUGGGGGGCCAGUCAAAGGAGCAGCAUCUACCCUACCACACGGCAGAUGACGCGAAGUCGCUCAAGGGCGCGAACAAGGCCGAUAUCCUUCUGACAACAGUCUGGCCGGCCGGCGUCUGGGCUGGGUCCAAGGUCGCACUUAGCCCGGAAAACCAAGCGGCAAUCGAAAGCACAGCGGAACUUGUUGAACUAUGUGCGACACUGAAGCCGCGUUACCACUUCGCCGCUUCUCCCGCCGAAUUCUUCUAUGAGCGCGAGCCCUUCGUUCACCCCGCUCAGGAAGGCGCAGAGGAUGUCUCCAUCACUCGCUUCAUUUCGAUGGCACCUUACGGCAACUCUGCCAAGGCCAAGGCACUGUAUGCUUUCUCACUGGCACCCAACGAGACCAGCGUCGAGCGACCUGCCAACGCCACCUAUACUCCGUUCAGCCCCAGGAAGCCGAAGAGACGCCCGGAGGGCGACGGUUCCUACAGCCGCUUUGUCAACGGCGACGACGAUGGCCGUCAUCAUCGACGCGGAAACAAGCGCCGUCGCCAUCAGUCUCCCCCACCCGGUCCCGAUCGUUGUUUCUUCUGCUUGAGCAACCCCAACCUGGAUACCCACAUGGUCUGCUCCAUCGGUGAAGACAGCUACCUUGCUACUGCCAAGGGCCCUCUCGCUACGUCGCAGACUUUCCAGGAGCAUGGCAUCGGCUUCCCUGGCCAUGUCAUCAUCACGCCCCUCGCGCACACGCCGACUGUUUACCACUCCGGCGUCGAGAGCUACGCCCCUGAAGAGGCGGAGAAAACCCACAAGGAGAUGACUCGUUUCCGCGAGGCACUUCAGGCCAUGGUAUCAACCAAAUCCAGUCACAAGCUCGGUGCCAUAACGUGGGAGAUCAGCCGCGGCCGUAACAUCCACGCUCACUGGCAGUUUCAUCCGGUCCCAGCCGACUUCGUCUACAAAGGACUUGUCGAGGCCGGUUUCCGUGUCGAGGCCGAGAAUCUCAAGUAUCCAGACUUUGAGAACCGCGAGCUUUCUUACGAUGAGCAAGCCGACAUUGGCGACUACUUUCGCAUCUGGAUCUGGGCCGACAACGGCGAGGACAGGAUUAAGGGUUCCAGUCUCGUGAUGAAGCUCGAUCCCAACAUGCGUUUCGACCUGCAGUAUCCGCGCAAGGUCGUUGCUAAGCUUCUUGGUCUCGAGAAGCGUUUCGUUUGGCAAGAUUGCGUGCAGACGAAGGAGGAGGAGGAAAGAGACGUGGCGGCCCUUCGCGAGGCUUUCAAGGAGUGGGAAUUUGCGUGAUGGGGCCCGCGCUGACGCCAUAAGAAAGGUCUCUUCGCGGCUGCAGUCUAAUUUUGCAUCUUUCACGUAGCAUUUGGCAUGGACGGCGUUUGAGAAAUACCCGGGUUAUCUGCAUAUUCUUGCUAUACGAGCAGACGCUUGGAUGGGCUGCGUCUGCGUUGACUUUGCUCUCAUCUACGUCUACGAGGAAGGAGGGAUAUUAGGGGACAUUGUCUUACUCUCUGACCCUCGGGAAAAAGGAUUUCACGAAAACAUUUUUUUUCUUUUCGUUUUCAGGCAGGCGGGCAUCAUCUCUAUAACAAGAAAUUAGCAAAGAGGCACCAAAACUUUAUGAAAAGUUCUUCCAUCCAUCUCCCUGCAUUCUUGCUCACAGCAGCCAAUAGCAGAGGCAUGUGCACUUGUUGACGAGUUGCAUCAUUUUGGAAGUUUGGGUCAGAGUUAACACAGUCUAACUAAACCCCAUUGAUCCCUCGACUCGCUCACUUGUAGAUUGGUAUGUAAUCCCACUCAGUUUGAUUAGCCGUG